AGGCAGGGCCAACAUGGAACCUUUAAGUGCUGCAAAUCAGAGACUCACACAGAAGACCAGAUACUCUUCCGAAGAGCUACACAGAGGAAGACAACAAUGUCACCGCUAAGUGUGCCACACACACAGCCUGUGUCAUUGUCUGCUGGUUCUUGUGUGACGAUCAAAGGGACACCGAUCAUCUCUUUCAUCAAGGACCCGCAGCUGCAGGUGGAUUUCCACACUGGGAUGAAUGAGCACUCAGACAUCGCCUUCCAUUUCCGAGUGUACUUUGGCUGCCGGGUGGUCAUGAACAGUCGUGUGUGUGGGGCCUGGCAGCAUGAGGUGAUAAGCCACAAUAUGCCCUUUGAGGAUGGCAAACCGUUUGACCUGUGCAUCUCCCUGCGGGACAAUGAGUACCAGGUACUGGUAAAUGGCCAACACAGUUACAGCUUUGCUCAUCGACUCCCACCAUGUUAUGUGAAGAUGGUGCAAGUAUGGCGGGAUGUCUCCCUGAGUUCCAUCUGUGUCUGCAUUUGAGGGUGAUGUCCACACUCCCUGUUGUUGGGGAACAACAGAAACUCCUCAUUUCUUUGUGACCAUAAAAUUCCCAGAGCCUGCUAACAGAAUGAUCUCUCCUUAUGCCUGCCCCUACCCUUGGUCAUUAAAACUUC